UAAGUGCAUGCUCAGCAGUCCAAUAAAUACCAGCCCAUUCAAAACUUAAUUUUGAAGUCGCGGUCUAAAAAUGGCCACGCGAUCUUUGUGGGGAGUGGCGGCGAAGUUAGUGGCGGCAGGCACCGCCGUCGCUGGUGGAACCGCCGGCGCCGCAAUCUUAACUUCCGACGAUCCGCCGUCGACUCUUAAAUUGUGGACCAAUGUCCCUGUACGCCUCUAUCGCGACUCUUUCACCGCCGCUAGUAUCGCCUUCGAUUAUGAAUAUUCGCUGUGGGGAUUACCAGAAGGUAGCUCUGAGUAUUCAAAAAUGAAACAUGAAGUUCAUCUUAGAAGUGCUCAUAAGCUUCAAGAUCUAUGCUUCAGAAACGGAGGAAUAUAUAUUAAGCUUGGUCAACAUAUUAGUCAAUUGGAAUAUCUGGUGCCUGAAGAGUAUGUAAAAACGAUGAGGGAGUCUAUGUUGAAUAGAUGUCCGGUUUCGUCAUUUGAUCAAGUGUGUGAUGUCAUUAAAAAAGAGCUUGGAGGGAUGCCAGAUGAAAUUUUCGCCAAAUUUGAUCCUGUUCCCAUAGCAAGUGCUUCCCUUGCACAAGUUCAUGUUGCACAUUUGCGUAAUGGCCAAAAAGUCGCUGUGAAGGUACAACACACUCACAUGACGGACACUGCGGCUGCAGAUUACGCAACUGUAGAGUUGAUUGUUAACACUCUGCAUCGGUUUUUUCCCAAUUUUGAUUAUAGGUGGUUGGUUGCUGAGGUCCGUGAAAGCUUGCCUAAGGAACUAGACUUCUUGGUGGAGGCACAGAACAGUCAGAAAUGUGUGCAUAAUUUCAGGAAACUAUCACCACAUAUAGCAGACAGUAUAUAUGUUCCAUUGGUCUACUGGAAUAUGAGUACCAAAAAAUUGUUAACUAUGGAGUUUAUGGAUGGUGUCCAAAUUGAUGAUGUGAAGGGCAUUCGGAAGAUGGGAGUUCAACCAUACGAUGUUUCCCGACUGAUUAGCGAGGCUUUCGCUGAGAUGAUUUACAAACAUGGAUUUGUGCACUGUGAUCCACAUGCAGCCAACUUGAUAGUUCGUCCAUUGCCUUCAGGCAAAAGAAAUAUAUUGGGCAAGAGAAAACCACAGUUGGUACUUUUGGACCAUGGUCUAUAUAAAGAGCUGGACGUUGAUACCAGAAUCAACUAUGCUGCAUUGUGGAAGGGGUUGGUGUUUUCUGAUGAAAAAGCUAUACGAGAAAAUAGUGCAAAGCUGGGUGCCGGGGAUGACCUCUAUGCACUAUUUGCAGGUAUUCUGACAAUGAGGCCUUGGAACAGGGUCAUUGAUUCCUCAGUUGAUCAUUUAGUGGUACAGGGGACAGACAGUGAUCGAUCCGAACUCCAGAUGUAUGCAUCCCAAUACUUCCCUCAGAUUUCAGAACUUUUAAGGAGGCUACCUCGUGUAAUUUUGUUGAUGUUGAAGACCAAUGAUUGCUUACGGGCGGUUAACAAUGCUUUGUUGCAAGGAUCAUCUUUGGAAACAUUCUUGAUUAUUGGUCGGGUUUCUUCCGAAGCAGUCAUUGAGGCAAAGUUGUUGAAAAAGAAAUCUUUGUUAACAUGGCUAACUGUCUGGUUGGAAGGGAUUAUCUUAAGAGCUCGACUUCUGGGGAUGCACUUUGGUAUAUGGUUGUUGCAAGUACAGAAAUUUUUGCUAUAUAGAAAAGCUCUGGGCUGCUGAAUGCUGGUUUACACAUUUGUAUGCGUUCGAUUUUGUUUUAGUUACACAAACCUAUUAUUUUGGGCCAAGCCAACUGAUUGAUCAUCAUUUACAGCCAUUGUUUAGGAAUGCAAUGUGCAUAUAACAUUCAUUAUUCGAAUUUUGAACAACCCCGAUAGCUGGAUACGAGGGGUUCUUACACUGUAAUUAACAAGCAUAAUUAUAAAUUAUGAAUAAUGUAUUGUUGCUGUUGCUGUUGCUGUUGCUGUUGAA